CAAGUCAGAGGCAGAAAGAUGGCGGCCGCUCCGGAAGACUGUGGUGUUGGGGCCGAAGCGGACCGGGAAUUGGAGGAGCUUCUGGAAAGUGCUCUUGAUGAUUUCGAUAAAGCCAAACCCUCCCCAGCACCCCCUCCUACCACCACGGCCCCCGAUGCUUCAGGGCCCCAGAAGAGAUCGCCAGGAGACACUGCCAAAGAUGCCCUCUUCGCCUCCCAAGAGAAGUUUUUCCAGGAACUAUUCGACAGCGAGCUGGCUUCCCAAGCCACUGCAGAGUUCGAGAAGGCAAUGAAGGAGUUGGCUGAGGAAGAGCCCCACCUGGUGGAGCAGUUCCAAAAGCUCUCAGAGGCUGCUGGAAGAGUGGGCAGUGAUGCAACCUCCCAACAAGAAUUUACUUCUUGUCUAAAGGAGACAUUAAGUGGCCUAGCCAAAAAUGCCACUGAUCUUCAGAACUCGGGCAUGUCGGAAGAGGAGCUGACCAAGGCCAUGGAGGGUCUGGGCAUGGAUGAAGGGGAUGGGGAAGGGAACAUCCUCCCCAUCAUGCAGAGUAUUAUGCAAAACCUACUAUCCAAGGAUGUGUUGUACCCGUCACUGAAGGAGAUCACAGAAAAGUAUCCAGAGUGGUUGCAGAGUCACCGGGAAUCUCUGCCUCCUGAGCAGUUUGAAAAAUAUCAGGAGCAGCACAGUGUCAUGGGAAAAAUAUGUGAACAAUUUGAGGCAGAGACACCUACAGACAGUGAGGCCACUCAAAAGGCCCGUUUUGAGACGGUGCUAGAUCUUAUGCAGCAGCUACAGGAUUUGGGUCAUCCUCCAAAAGAACUGGCUGGGGAGAUGCCUCCUGGCCUCAACUUUGACUUGGAUGCCCUCAAUCUCUCAGGCCCACCAGGUGCCAGUGGUGAACAGUGUCUGAUCAUGUGAGACAAACAUGUUUUCCUCCCUGAGUCCCAGCCAUGGGAAACAUCUGGAGUCAACAGAACCAUUGGGAACCGAGAGAGACAGGAUUGUCAUCUGCAGGAGCGGUUUGCCCACAGCCCUCCAUAGUCCCAUUCAAGAUUGUGCCAUACUGGCUGAGGCUUUUCCUCUGACUUUCUAAGAGUAGGAUCUGUUUCACAGGCCAUUUCUGUGAGCCCUGCUCAUGGUUUCUGCUGCUAGCAAAGACCCACCUACAAGCCAGGUGAAGGAAGGUACCCCUUUGGGGGAAGCACCUUCUUCCCUCUCCCAAAAUAGCGUUAUACAUGUCCACAUUGAUGUUCACUUUUACUUCCAGGGUCUUCGUGCCUUGUCUCUACUCCCUCUCUUGGAUCUGGGGAGUAAGGGCAGAGUCCUGGGACUCUAUUUCUACACUUCUCUUGGACAGGGACUUUGGGAAUGGGGAGAAACUUAGCCUCAGCCGGAAAUGUAGAUCUGUCCCUUGCUCUCUUGCCUUUAGACAGACCAUUCUGAAUUCUCUGAAGGGAAAGGGCCUUAGUAUCUAUUACAGUAGGGUUGGAAGAGAAACCUUUUCCUCCCUCUAGGUGCUGAGUCCUCAACUUCCUGUUCCAGCCUGAGAACUUCAGUUGCUAUCCUGGUUCUUUCUACAAUGCUGUAUGAUCCGGAUGAACCCAGCCCCUGACUUAACAUUGCCUCCUGCCUGUCCUCUUAUCUCCUUUUUAAAAUACCCUUCAUUCCAACCCUUCUCAGCCCACACUAAGAUGAAGAAGGGCCCUUCCCAUUCCCCCUCAUUUGGUUCAUCCACCACUUUGACUGAUUCCUUCCCUCUCUGGCAAACACAUAGUAGUAAUGUCAGGUGUGGCAAAUGAAUGGCUAUUCUACCCAGAUAUAUUCUGGCUUAUUUGAAUCAUCUGAUUCCUUUAGAAUCCUUGGUUCACGAAGGUGCUUAGGAAAGGAGAAGGGGUGCAGCCUAGGUCCUUUUCCUGCAAUCUCAUGGGGCAGUGUCUAAUAAAUAUUCUGAGUGAGGAGUGUGGCCUGUUUUUCAUCCAGGUCUUUUUCUGCUUCCUUAGCUUCUAUAAGCUGCAGUGUAGGGAAUGUGAUUAGUUUUAUGUAACAUCAUGCUAGCCUUCACCACCGCCCUCAAUCCCCAGCUCAGUCUGCACCUCAGUUGGCAAAGGAGAAUAGUUCUCUUUCCUCAUUUUUCUCUUGGGUAUUUCAAUUUGAAAAGCGUUGCAAUUGGUAUUAUAUUUUUACUUUUCAUUUUCAUACUAUGAUUAAUGUUAGUAAUAUAUUGUUAACAUGUUUUCUCAGUUAUUUAUCUUUGAGCUGACAUUGCCCUUCUCAGUGGAUCUAGGGAUCUUGGCUGCCAUAUGUUUGGUGGAUACCCUGGUCAGCCUAGCUGGCUGUCCUUGUUCACUGGAAAAUAAUUCUUGCCAGAACAAAUUCACAUUCAUCAUCUGAGUCACUUUGAGCUACUGACAUGUCACUUUCCCCUGGUUUAAAAUUUUUCACUAUUUAAAAGUCCCAUACAUUCUCUGGCCUUGGAAAGGAAGGAAAUGUUCUUGAGGCCUUAGGCUAUUUGGAAAAGUCCAGUACCAUACCUAAUCAGAGCUUGGAAGAACCCAGGUCUGAAUGUGAGACUUCUACUUUGUGACACGUAGAAAAAGUACAAGGGGACUUGUGAUGACGGUUAUGUGGCCUGAAUGCCAAAAUUCUCUCCUUAAAGUUCCAGCCCAAAACUGGGAAAGAAUAGAGAACAGGAAGGAUGAAUAAAAGGGCUCUGCUCUUUGAACUGUGUA